AUGGCGCAGCCGCUCAGACAGCUCGACAACCUCAGCGCCAUUCUCGAUUGGAGAUUCAGUGAUGCCUGGGAGGCCUAUAAGCAGCGCAACGACGAGCUUGCCCAGACCUUGGCUGCAGAGCUUUUGAUGGAGCCGCGCCUCAGCGAUUACCACCAGGCUGGCAUGCACCUCAUCCUCGCUGGCGGCACCACCGACUUCGUUGAGCAUGCCAAAGAGGCUAUCCGACUCUACAACGUGGUUAUCCAGCACCCCGACCUCAAGAAGGACGAUAAGGCCUUCAUCCGCCGCAUGAUAGAAGUGUCGGAGACGGCCUUGGCAGAUGCGCGCCGCGACAAGGUUGCUCACCAACGCGAGGUUGACGAAUAUCUCGCCAACGGUAAUACAAUGACCAGUCUGCACGACGCCCAAAUUCAGGCCAUGAACGACCGUCUUGACGCCAUGAGACCGGGGGACAACGACGGACAAAACGACUACGAGAACAUUGCCGAGCGCAACGCCAUAGACGAAGAUUCCGAGGACGACAAGGAGAAGAUUGGCAAGGAGCCUGAGUUUGCUGUCCCGCUUCCGCCGAUGCCCAAGCAGACCUCCAGCCACAAUGUCUCGGCAGCUAUGCCCGCUUCCAGUCAGAGUGUGCCGGAGACCGUUGCCAACUCCCAAGUCUCUGACAACAAUAACAUGGGCCGAUCGCAAUCCACCGCAUCGACCGAAGUCGACCCCGAUCAUGACAUUGGAUUCGUUUCCUCAGAGGGCUCGGAGCACUAA